UGAAUUAAACAGGAACCUUGAGUGUAGCGUACGCCGUUGCCUGUCUAGACCACGUGGUUUCUCAAUUAUCAUAUCUCCUUAUCAUUGCGUUAAUUGCUUUGCGACAUGUCAGAGUCUGUGUAGUGCCAAUAAUUUGAAUAAUAUUCCAUGAUCUUGUAGUUUCGUCUUUGUAUCAAAGAUGAGUUUCUCAAGACAAGGCUUUUGUGAGAUAGUCCACAGAUGGUGCUCCUCUGCGUUCGCCUGCAGCAAUGACAGUGAAGAAGAGAGGGGGGAACUCCUCAACACGACUUCGACUUUCCGAAUUACCUCUUGCGACAAGUUCUGGAUAGUGGUGCUUGCCCUGAUCUUUAUAGUAGGAGUAUCUGCCUCAACUUAUCUUCUAGUUGUGGAAGGUAGAGAUCCCGUUGCAAACGGCUUCACCCUGGUGCCUGGAACAGAAUGGAUAUCUUGGACUAAAUGUAAGGAGACCCCUCAUCUUCAACUGCCUGUUCAACGAAUCCUUCUGCUUCCAACUAACACCACUGAGUGUUGGAACGAAUUGGAAUGUUUGAACGAACUUAGAAAUCUUAGCGAAGACAUCGUUAAAAGACUGAACAACACAGUUGUUCCAUAUAACUUUGUCCUGGCGGGGGAUAGCCGAAUAUACGAAGGAAGAGGAUGGAACUGCUCUUCUGGCUUCGACAGCAAUGGUGUCCAACUUUUCACUAUAGGGUUUUUAGGAAUGUAUGACAAUCGACUGCCAACAUCAAAACAAGUGAAGGCCUUAGAAGCGUUCCUUGAGGAAGCCAUCUUGGAGCACCGUGUCUCUGACUGCUACCAAGUAUUAUCACAAGACUCGGCAACAACUGACGUGGCACAUAAGUUAGAAUCGAAAAAGAAAAAGAAUAUAUGUUAGACAAUGUUUUUGAUUAUUGCUGAAUUAUGCCAAAGACAGUUUACUUGUUACAUUUUCGUAACAGGUUUGUACCUCACAAGAUGUGAUAGUGAAUUUGUGAUUUAUUGUCUAAUUUAUUUUGCUAUAUUAUAUUAAUGUGGAACUACAAAUAAA